AUGUCGAGAAAUAACCUCAGUGGAUCUAUAACUGAGGACGUUCUCAAUCUUCCUUCAUUAUCUAUAUACUUAAACUUAUCACAGAAUUCACUAACCGGAAACUUGCUAACAGACAUGGGAAGGCUAAUAAAUUUAAAUACCACGGAUGUCUCUGAAAACAUGCUUUCCGGAGAAAUUCCUGAAUCCAUUGGGUCUUGUUUAAGUUUGGAAUAUCUUUAUAUGCAAGGAAAUUUUUUCCAAGGAAUCAUUCCUUCAUCUUUGGCUUCCUUGAAGGCCUCCGCACUUGCAUAUCGAUGGAGAGUAACCAAAAAGAAGUCGUCUGCUGCAUCCAUAGAAACGGAUCAUCUUGUUAAGGUAUCUUACAAGGAACUUUAUGAUGCAACAGGUGGAUUCUCUACUCACAACUUAAUUGGUUCUGGCAGCUUUGGUUCUGUGUAUAAAGGAUUUCUCAAACGAAUGGAAGGACCCAUGGCUAUUAAGAAUGAAUUCAAAGCUCUAAUUUAUGAAUUCAUAGGUAAAGGAAGCUUAGAUAAGUGGUUGCAUCAUACCCACAGAAAUUAUAAGUCAAGAAGGUUGAAUUUUCUUCAAAGAUUGAAUAUCGCAAUUGAUGUGGCAUCUGCAUUGCAUUACAUUCACGACCUUUGUGAAAUUCCAAUAAUUCAUUGUGACUUGAAGCCCAGCAAUGUUCUUCUCGAUGUUGACAUGGUUAAGCUCUUCUCGAACACCGAUGAUGCAUCUCAAGAGGACGGAAUUGGUGGCACUGCAUCAAAAGAGGGAGAUGUGUAUUGUUAUGGGAUCCUUGUAUUGGAGAUGUUCUCAGGAAAAAGGCCAACAAAUAAAAUAUUUGAAGAUCGUUUAGCUCUGCACGAAUUUGUGAAGGAUGCACUACCAGAAAGACUUGAACUAAUCACAGACCCAACCAUUCUCUCAAGAGGAAUGGAAGAAACACCAAUAACGAAUGCUCAAAUAGAUAAGCAGGUAGAAAUACAUGCAGAUGCAGAGUCGAGCAGUAAUGGGAACUUGAGCCGAACAAUUAUUGCUUAA